AUGGAAACACCGUGCUGGUCAUGGUCGGUUAUACUUGCAAUAUUAUUUACCGUUUUUAUUAGUGGUUUUGGAUUCCCAACUGAAAUCCCACCAGCUCCGAUGCAAUCGAUCAGCGAUAUACGGGACAUAGGAAGUGCAAUGGAAUUUUUAGAUCACUAUGGUUAUCUGAAUACGCAUUUAAAUGGACUUAUGGGAGAAGAUACGAUACGAGCAAGUAUACGCGAAUUCCAGAGAUUUUCUCAUUUAACUGAAACUGGUGCAAUGGACGAAGCUACUGUUGAAAUGAUGAACUCCCCACGCUGCGGACUGCCAGACGUGGACAGCACUACCAGCGGUGGGAGACAAAAACGUUACUAUGCUCAUUCUCAGUGGGAUAAAACUGACCUGACAUACGAUAUCAUCCAAUACACACCGGACCUACCUCAAAGUAAAGUGGACAGCGAAAUUGCCAAAGCUUUCAAGCUUUGGUCAGACGUGACGGCACUGACAUUCUCUCGUGUCCAUGGUGACGAUACCGCCGAUAUCAAGAUUUCAUUUCCCGCCCCGUUUAUUCCACACGAAGAUGGCUAUUGGAAAACCACAUUUGAUGGACCCGGCAAAGUCUUGGCGCAUGCGUUCUUUCCAUCAAAUUACGGAGACAUAAAAGGUGAUGCACAUUUUGAUGAUGGCGAAAAUUGGACAGCUGACACAUAUGAAGGUACUAAUUUGUGGUUGGUUGCUGCUCACGAGUUCGGUCACAGCCUCGGCCUCGCGCACUCAGAUGUGAUUGGCUCCCUCAUGUAUCCUUAUUAUUCUGGAUAUAAACCCAAUUUUCAGCUGACCUCCGAUGACAUCGCCGGCAUGCAGUCUUUAUAUGGUGCGAAAGUUCCCGAACCCGACAUCACCACAACAGCACCAAAACCCGAUCCAAAUCUGAACCCAGGUCCCAGAUUGUGUCCUGAUAAUGUCGAUGCCAUCACAGCAACAAAAGACGGACACACAUAUGCGUUUCAAGGUGACUAUUUUUGGCGUCUUCAGGACAAAAACGUAGAACAAGGAUACCCUAAGCGGAUCAGUGAUUACUGGUCAGGUCUUGAUGGAGAUUUCGACGCCGUAUUUACCUCGUCUAACCCGUGGUUUUGGGGAAGCAAAGGACUCACUGGAAAAACGUGGUUCUUUAAAGAUAGCCGUGUAUGGCGCUUUCAGAAUAUGGUCAUGGACCCGGGUUACCCAAGGCUAAUCAACGACGAAUUCAGGGGCUUGCCUACACACAUUGAUGCAGUAUUCGAAUACUAUGGCAACGGACAGACAUAUUUCUUCAAAGAUGGGUAUUUCUAUAUGUUAAACUGGAGAAUGGAAGUAGUGGGUCCAUUUUACAUGACAACAUGGCGAGGAAUUCCCGAUAAUAUCGACGCCGUUUAUCAAGAAAGCGACCAAUACGUGUAUUUCUUCAAGGACAACCUGUAUUACAAGUUCGAACACGACAUCUUCCAGACACUUGCCGGUUAUCCCCGCUCCUCGUCUGCCGAUUGGUUUCUCUGUAACGUCUAGAAAAAAUUGGACCAAAUUGAUGGGCAGAUUGAGAAAUAUCUUUGUUCUCAGCCACAUCUUAACUACUGCCGAAAUUAAAAAGUUUUCUAAAGUGCGCUGGUCGUACUUGUGGUAUACCCAAGAGUUAUUAUUAUUUUCUUUGAAUUAGAUUCGCAAAUUAUCACAAACUAAAAUUAUGAUCGUUGGAAAU